AUGUUCGCCAGACUCUCCGCAGCACUACUGGCCAUUAGCCUAACAGCUCAAGCCACUCAAAUCUUCAGCAACACCGGUACCACCUCGGGUUGGGACUCCACGAACAAGGAGCACCACGGGACAGUACAACAAGUGACAAACGUGGUAUACCAAGGCCCGACGGCUCUUAAAAUGACCCAAAUCUACGACUCCAGCUACACAGGCCGGUACCACUCUGAAGUCGUCAAGAACAACGUCUACAAGCGUGGCGACAGCGGCUUCUACGGCUUCACCUUCCGCCUCCAGGACAACUGGCAGUUCUCACCCGUGCAGACCUACAACAUCGCGCAGUUCAUCGCCGACUUCAGCAAUACCCACUGUGAUGAUUUCAUGCCCUCCAGCAUGGUCUGGCUCGAAGGUGACCAGCUGUAUAGUCGCGUUAAGUACGGGAGUGUCUGUGCACAGAAGACAACGACCUUCGCGAACCUCGGCACAAUUUCGGCGGGGGCGUGGCAUAAGGUUGAGAUUCAGGCGACCUGGAAGUCGGAUGGGACUGGUGUUUAUAAGCUCUGGUUGGAUGGGAAUAAGGUGCUCGAUAAGAGUGGCAUUGCGACUACUGUUGAUGACGAUCGCCCGUUCCAGUUCCGGGUUGGACUUUAUGCUAAUGGGUGGCAUGAUGAUAAGACGAUGAAGGGAACUCAGGGGACUAGGUCGGUUUGGUAUGAUGAGAUUGCUGCUGGCAGUACUUUUGCCGAUGCGGAUCCUGAUCAGUGGUGA